CAAACAAACUAUGGGUUCGGGAACUCUCUCUGUGAGCGUCUGUGCGAAGAGCGCCGAAGGGAUGGUCUGCACGGACUCGCCGUUCAGUACGGACUCAUUGGAGACGUCGGCGCCGCUCUUGACUUCAAUCUCAGCGAUACUAUGACUUCUGUACGCAAACAACGGGUGCUCUCGGCUAUCGAUGUAUUGGACAAACUGUUGGCCAUUCAAUACCCGAUCGUCACAUCGCAAUUAAAAGAGGACAUAAUGUCGGCCCAAUUGUCCGGCAAAGUGGGCGUCCGAGUGGUGGGCGAGUUGUGGUCAGUGCUGGGCAUCGAUCCCAACACUACUCCCGACAACACAACUAUCGGAGAGAUAGGACUCGAGUCUCUGUUUGCCAUACAAUUACAACAUGAGCUCAAAGACCAACUCGACAUCAAUGUGUCGCUCAAUCAGUUGAAGGGUUUGACUGUCGGUAUGUUUAAGGAUUACAAUAGCGGCAAUCAGGAGCCCAUACUUAACCAAUUAAAAGCCUAA